AUGCCUCCCACGUCGACCGCGCAGCAAAAGGUCCUGGUCGCGCAGUUCGUCUCCGUGACGGGAGCUACAGAACGACAGGCCGCCAGGUAUCUCAAGUCGACUGGGUUCAAGAUCAGCGAAGCCAUCGAAGCCUUCUUCAGUUCCAACAGCGAGCCCAAAGGGCCGUCGCCUGCAGAGUCCAAGCUCGGUACCCUCUUCGACUCAUUGCGAGACGAUGAAAACGACGAAAAGGACAGGCUGGAGCUUGAAUCGACCAUGGAAUACCUUGGGAAAAGGAUGAAAAUAAGUCUGGAGAAUGCCGAGCUCUUCGUUAUGCUGGAGCUGCUCCAAGCUCCCAGCGUUGGCGAAAUCACACGAAGAGGCUACAUAGAUGGCUGGAAGGCGAGCGGAGUCGGUGCGACACACCAGGAGCAUGCCGCCCACAUCCGAAAACUCGUCCCCUCCCUCUCCAAAGAUGUAGUCCUCUUCAAAAAGGUCUAUCGGUACGCCUUCGUCGUGGGCCGCGAGCGAGACCAGAAAGCCCUAAGCCUCGAUAAUGCCAUCAUUUACUGGGGCAUGCUCUUUGCCUCUCCCGGUAUGGCCUGGAAGACAAAGGGUCACGACUGGUUUGAGUUGUGGAGGACGUUCCUCACCGAGAAGUGGACCAGGUCCGUCAACAAAGACAUGUGGAAUAUGACCCUCGAAUUUGCCCUCAAGUCCAUGGCGGACGACUCCCUGUCGUUCUGGAGCGAGAAUGGUGCAUGGCCGAGCGUCAUCGACGACUUUGUACUGUGGUGCCGAGAGCAGGGCGUGGCCAGGUCUGACUCGAUGGACGUGGAUGCCGACGCCUGA